AUGGUUCUUCUGGUCCAACAACGUUCUGCAGCCAACACGACUAUCAGCAAGGCUUUGGGUUAUCGUGCUGCCCACAAAUCACAACGCUUUUGUCAUUUGGGUUUCGGUAGGCCUUGUUCCCUGAACAUGAAUCUGCAUACCUUUGUGCGUCUAAGUAUGCCCCAUCCGAACAUACAACAAAACAAAAAAGUGCCACGGAUAAGUGAAAACGCUCGUGAAGGUAACAGUGCGACGUCCGUUGCUAAACGGUCGGAUAUUUCGAAGUUGUUGAUUAAUACACUCGUAGUUUUGCUCGGUUUUGGACGUCUGAACAACGCUCAGAGGGGCACCGGUGUUUGGCUAAAACUGCAUAUACAUUACCAUUUUUGCGGAAAACGUCGCCACACAUUUUCCAACCCCCAACCUAGAGGACCAGGAGACUGUGUUGGUCAGACCUCUACCCAUGGACCAACCUGGUAUGAAAGACUCUGUGAGUGCUGCGCGGACAUACUUCAGUAUAGUUCAGUAGGUCUCCGAGCCAUUGAUGUGGCCCGACUCGUGGUCCCCAUCCAGGAAGACGGCAAUGACCAGCGCAGCUGA